UACUCGUCUCGUAAUGACUGAAGCAGGAGAUCUGUCUACUUUUCAGUCACUCGGCGUUGUUGACGUGCUGUGUGAAGCAUGUGAACGGCUUGAAUGGAAAGAACCAACGAAAAUACAACAAGAAGCGAUUCCUGUGGCGUUGGAAGGUAAAGACAUAAUCGGUCUCGCGGAGACAGGAUCAGGAAAGACAGCGGCGUUUGCUCUUCCAAUAUUACAAGCUCUAUUGGAUAAUCCUCAGAGACUCUUUGCUCUCAUUCUCACUCCAACAAGAGAGUUGGCGUUUCAGAUUUCAGAGCAAGUAGAGGCACUAGGAUCAGGAAUUGGAGUCAAAUGUGUUGUCGUUGUGGGAGGAAUAGACAUGAUGACACAAGCGAUAAUGCUGGCCAAGAAACCACACGUUGUGAUAGCUACUCCGGGACGUCUUGUUGAUCAUUUGGAGAACACAAAAGGUUUCCAUCUUCGUUCUCUCAAAUAUCUGGUAAUGGACGAGGCUGAUCGUAUACUGAACAUGGAUUUUGAAGUUGAGGUGAACAAGAUUCUAAAGGUUAUUCCACGAGAACGGAGAACAUAUUUAUUUAGUGCCACUAUGACACAGAAGGUUCAUAAGCUGCAACGAGCGUCGCUGAAGAAUCCGGUGAAGGUCGAAGUUUCUACAAAAUAUACGACUGUAGAGAAGCUGCAGCAGUCCUAUUUGUUUAUUCCCAGCAAGUACAAGGACUGCUACUUGGUUAGUAUACUCAACGAUCUUGCUGGAAACUCAUUCAUCGUCUUUUGCGGCACGUGCAACAACACACAACGUGUGGCAUUAAUGUUACGUAAUCUUGGCAUGUCAGCUGUCCCUUUGCAUGGCCACAUGGCUCAAGAGAAACGUCUCGGUGCGUUGAAUAAGUUCAAGUCAAAAGGGCAGUCAAUACUAAUAGCGACAGACGUUGCUAGCAGGGGAUUGGAUAUUCCACAUGUGGAUGUUGUUAUCAAUUUUGAUAUCCCAACGCAUUCGAAGGAUUAUAUUCAUCGUGUGGGGAGAACCGCUCGAGCGGGAAGGUCAGGCAAAGCGAUCACAUUUGUUACACAGUAUGACGUCGAACUAUAUCAACGUAUCGAACAACUGAUUGGCAAGCGACUUCCAAAAUACCCCACAAUCGAAGACGAAGUCUUAGUCUUAAUGGAACGAGUCACAGAAGCACAACGACACGCAAAGAUGGAAUUACGUGAGUUUGAAGAGAAGAAGAAAAAGAGGAAGCGACCACAUGAAGACGAGGAGGUAGACAUCCCUGCUAUCAGAAAGGUCAGACCGGGUAAAGUCAAACCGCGGACUAAGAUAAGUAAGAAGCGAAAAUAACACGUAAACCAACGUGCAGUGGAUAAUAUUUCAAUAGAAUCGAACACGGUAGAGAGAGUAUGAAAUAUUAAUGUGGAAAUUUACUAUGAGGCUUGUGUUCUAAAAUACUUGUAUGACCAACUACCAGGCGGACUGGUGUGAGGGAGUACGAGGGAUGAGGCGUGUAACUGACACC